AUGAUUAUGGUGAGGAGGGGGGAAGAUGGAGAAGAGAUUUGGGAAGUGGGGGAAAGGGAGGUGGUUGUGGGGGUGGAAGGAGAUAAAGAGGUGGUGGGUUAUUGUGGGGGUGUUUUUUGGUGGUGUUGGUGUUGUGGGGUUAGGUUUGUUUGGGGAGAUGGGGUGUUGUAUUUGGGUAGAGGGUUGGGAUGGUAUGUGGAUUUGGGUGUGUGUAGUUUGGGGUAUGUGGGGGUUGGGGUUGUUAGUGAGGAGGAGAGGGGUGUGGGGGGGGUGGGUUGGGUUGGAUUGGGGUUGGGGGGUGGGAGAGGUGGGGGGGGGGGUGGGGGGGGUGUGGGGUUUUGGUUUGGUGUUGUUGGUGUUUUGUGUGUGUGUGUUUGGUGUGGUUUGGUGUGUGUGGGUUAUGGUUGGGAGGGGUUGGGGGGGGGUUGGGGUGUGUGGUUGGGUUGGGGUGUGGGUGUAGGUGUGUUUUGGGUUGGGUUUGGUUUUAUUGGGGGGUGGGUGGGGGUGGUAUGGUUGGUUUUUUGGGUGGGGGGGUGGGAGGGUUGUGAUUGGGUGUUUGGGGGGGGGGUUGGGGGGGGGGGUGGGUGGGUUUGUUGUUGUGUGUUGGGUGGGGUGGGGUGGGUUUUGUUGGGUGUUUUGUGGGGGGGGUGGGGGGGUUUGUUGGUUUUAUUUGGGGGGGGGGGGGGGUGGGGUUUUUUGGUGUUUGGGGGGGGGGGGGGGUGGGGUUGGUUUGGGUUUAGAGGAGUUGGGUUGGGGGGGGGGGUGUGGGGUUGUGUUGGUUUUGUUGGGGGGGUGGUGGGGGUUUGGGUUGUUGGUGUUUGGGGGUGGGGGGGUUUGGUGGAUGGGUUGGUUGUGUGGUGGGGGGGGGAGGGGGUGGGGGUGGUGGGGGGUGGGUGUUUUGUUGGGUUGGGGGGUGGGGAGUGGGUGUGUUGGGGGUGUGUUGUUUUGUGGGGUGGUGGGUGUGGGGGGGUGGGUGGUUUGGGGUGGGGGGGGAUAGUUGGGGGUGUGGGUGGUUUUUGGGUAUAUGGGUGGGGGGGGGGGUGUUUGUUAGGGGUGGGGUGUGGGGGUGGUGGGUUUUUUGGGGGUGGUUUUUGGGGUGGGGGGUGGGGGGGGGGGUUUUUGGGUUGGGGGGGGGUGUUUUGGGUGGGGUGGUUGUGGGGGUGGUUUUGGGGUGGGUGGUGGUGGUGUUGGUUGGGGGUUGGUGGGGUUAGGGUUGUGGGGUGGUUUGUUUGUGGUUGGUGGGUUGUUUGUGGGUGUUUGAGGGGUGGGGUGUAUGGUGUGGUGGUUGUGUUUUUUUUGGGGUUGGUUGAGGGGGUGGAUGGUUGGUGGUGGUUUGUGGUGUGGUAG